UGUAUUCAGUAGUGUUUUAUUGGAUGUUCGAGAUGGCGCGAUAUGUGAUAUUCGCCCUGAGUAUUUGCUUCUCCCUGAACGGCGUGGUCCGCUGUGGCUGCGUUGAGGACUUGCAGAAAGACCCGCAGGCAAAUGACUGCAUGAGGGGAUACGUGACGUAUUUACAGCAGUCCGCAAAGAACGGCGUAGGCAUUCUCAACAUUGUGGGCAUGCUAUGCAGCGCAGAGGGACAGGCAGCCAUUAGUUGCGUGUAUGACUUCAUAGCCCGAUGUCCUGAGAUGAUUGAAAGUCAGGGUCUAGGUUCAAUACCACCACGAGAGCAAAUUAAAGCCAUGUGUAAAAUGCCACCUGGACUCGGGGAUUUGUUCGAUACGAAAUGCCGGGUCGCUGCAAAUUGCCUCACUGAAAGUGGUUCUAACAGAGAUUUUCCAGAUUGGCUCGAAGAACCGGAGGAGCCGGAAACACUAUUCAUAUAUGUCCAGAAAUUGAUGCAACCAAUUUGUGGUGUUUUUUCGGAGAUGUUCGCUUGCGUUACACCUGACGUUGAGACUGAAUGCCCAUCGGUUGCGGAACAAGUUCGCAAUAUUUCUGCUUUAGGUCAGGAGAAAAUGCAGCCGCAUUUCCCGUCUUUCGAGACCCUACGGAUGCUUACAAAGGAACGCUGUCCACAGUUGCCCAACGAUUUCGGCACAUCUCGAUGCGUACAUGACAAACUUCAAGAACAGAGUUACGUAGACUGCAUUAAAGUGGUGAAUAAACAAUUUACAACCUCUUCGGAGAAGAUGUCUUGCGUUGCUGUUGAUCAGCGCCUGGCCUGUCUCUCUGACGCAUUGGUCCUAAAAUGCGGGAAGGAAUACUACGACGGUAUUGUCAACAACGCCCAAUACUUCUUCACUGACGAGCCGCUCACCUGUGACCGCAACUUGGCGGCCAUUGUUCAAGUGUCCCUGAUUACUUUUUUCAUGAGUUGCUUGAUCUUAUUGAUUUUAUACUAAAUCGUUUAAGUUUACGUUUAUAUAGGCCAUAUUCCUAGUUUUCACGUACAAAUGUAGUGUGUAUGACAUAUUUUGACAAAUACAAAAUAAGAAGGUAUCUUUGAAGUGGCCAUAGCUAAAUCAAGACUUUAGUGGCUGAACAUAAGCUGAUCAAAGUAUUAUUUAACGGAAUAAACAAAAAUGACUUAUUUGCAAUAUUCAAUAUUGUAUAUAAAUUAUUUUAAAUUAUAAGGUAAUGGUCAUUUAAUAGUCUGAAACAUUGCACUAAAAAAACAACAACUUUUCUUGCAAGCAAAACUAUAACUUAACUCGAUAUAAUAAGAAUAAGACUUGCCAUACAAUGGGCAACAUAUAUACAUCAACAAAAAAGCCGAAUGUGUUUAAUUGAUAUCCCCGCUAAAUAAAUUGUGUUUAUUAAUUGAUACAAUAAAUCCUCCCGUAUAAAUAUGUAUACACCCGUGGAGUUUAAUGUGAAAAUAGUGUAUAUAAUGUGAGGUAUUAUCCUGGAAAGUUGCACCAUACUUAAACAACUAAUAACAAUUAGUGUUAUUUAAUAAAGUGUAUGAGUAUGUUUUUGUACAUAGCACAUUAUCCCAUUGAUAUGUAUGCACCCGUAAAUGUAAUAUUUAAAUGUUGUAUUGCAUCCCUAAAACGUUACAUCAUUCACACACAACAAAAGGAAAUAUCUCUUAUUUCAGACAGUUAAAGGCUUUGGCUCUGUUUCAUGGCACUUCUCCUCGUUAAUAUUUAUAAUCCGAUGACGUUUCAUGUUGAAAUCGUAAAUAGUUUCUCUCAGAUAUAAAUCUGACACGUUUGUGACAGAUGGACACAAACGGAGAGAAAAACGAACAUCAUAAAGACGGAAACUAUAAAACCUACAACGCUCCGCCUAAUAUGGGGGACAAAAAGAAAGUUGACGAUUUAAGACAGACAGUACUUUUUUGUUUUGUUUAAUUUGUGUCCUCUUUAUAAUUACCGUUUAUGAAUUUAUUUCCUAAAGUUUGGUAUAUCAGAUUUGUGAAGGUAAAGAAGUUUAAUAUUUAAUCAAGCAGUUACAAAUUUAUCUCUUUAUAAACAAAUUGAAACCCCAACUGUGUUCGGAGGAUAUAAUUCUUAUUAGUAUCAUAACUUUGUGAUUGUGUAUAACACGCACGUCACCUGUUGAAAAAGAAUUCGACUAAAUGCAUGACAUGUGAAUGUCAAUAUUUUCUUUAUAAAUAAAUACUAAUCAAAAAUUGAUUUUACAAAAAUUAACAUGCACGUAUAUAAACAUUAUACAAUAUUGUAUCAUUAAUAACUACAUAUACCGUUUUGUACUCAUGGUUUAUAUUUUAUUGUAUAUGUAUUGCACUGAAAUUUGUUUACAGUGGUUAAAUGCCGUUUUAAAUUGAUACACAUAACCUUUUACCAUCAUCCGGUAAAGAUCACCGAGAGCUUUGUUUUUACUAUUCGAAAACGAAAUAAACUUAUAGUCUUGACACAAUCGUUCAUCAUUUUAUGAUGAUAAUAGUUAAGAACUAAAAGUGUGUGCGUACAAAACAAUAGUAA